AUGCAGUUCAAGACUCUCUUCGCCGCCUCCCUCCUCGGCCUCGCUGCCGCCGCCCCUACAGAGGAGUGCAGCAGCACCAAGACCAGCCCCGCCAAGACCGGCAACUCUCCCGUCCCCAAGACCUUCGGUCUCGUCGCUCUGCGCUCCGCCAGCCCCAUCCACUUCACACACUUCAGCGCCACUGAGAACGGCUUCUUGCUUGGUCUUCCAGCGGAUAAGCAGAACGCUACCUGCUCCGGCAAGUCUGAUGGAUCAGCUGUCUUCCGUCUGAGCGAGGGUGAGCUGUACUUGUACAACACCGGCAAGAAGCAGCAGCGCGCUUACACUGAUCGCUCUGGAAUGGGCCAAGGUGUUCUUCAGUACGCUACUGUUAGCAAGAACCCUCUGCCCGAUUCGUUCGAGACAAAGGGCUGGAAGAUCGACAAGUCUGGAAACCUCAACUUUGACAAUGCUAGCGGCUUCACUGCCUGCCGUGAUGGCCCUGAUGGUUCUUGGACUGUUUGGAUUGCUACUGGAGCCACUCACCCUGGAAACACUGACGCCGAGUGUCUUGGCUUCAACGCCCGUGUUGCCGAGAUUGAGCACCCUACUAGCUGCUUUUACUCCGAGUACUCUUCUUAA